GUUGCGAGAUGAACAGUCUCUCACGAUUUACACCGGUGAAUGGAUGCGGCUGUACGGUCGACGCGGUGAAUAAAAUAACGCUUAGAAUAUUCAAUUAAUAUUCUCCGAAACUUUGGUAUUACUAUGCUUGUUUUUUUUCUUCUCGUCUCGACUCUCUUCGGUUCUCGUUGAAAAUUAUUCGCAUUAUUUUCCCAAGUGCGCCGGUUGGUCGAAGAGCAGGUAUCUAACCGGUGGCGAAGCUGCGCUUACCUGGAGCAAAAUGGAAAAUCGGCCGAAACAACGUCGGUCGAACGAUGUUAAGUUUCCGAACCCGUGAUCUCUGCAAAAGCAUUAUGCGCUUCCCUGCACUGUGGACGAGGUCAAGAAUGUCUGCACCGUAAAUUCUGGUGCACGAAUCCCCCGUGUCCCAGCAUGUUCUACUGCUCCAGUACACGCAGAGAGGCACAGAAAGGUCCGACGUCCUGCGAAUCGGUUCGCUGCAGUACGGGGUACAUUUGCCUGGUCAAGGCUCGAAAGUGCUACUGGGAUCAAAGAUGCAGAGUCCAAAUAGCGCGUUGUGUUUCCAAACUGGAAUACGAGGAGGAUCCCGCUUCCUGCGUGGAUAUUCGAUGUCCCGCUGGACGGCAAUGCAUCUUGAAAGAAUCUCCCUGUGCUCAGCCACCGUGUAAACUGGUCCGAAAUUGCGAACAAAAAAAAGAUGUUCAGAUGUGGCACACCAGAUGCAGGAAAUUGGAAUGUCCUUCGGAGUACGAAUGCUUCGUGAGAAGACCGCCGGAGAACUGUUCGUCUACCGAAACGUGCGCUUAUACAUCGGAUUGCAUGACAGCUAACGUCCACGAAUUUUCACCGCAUCAGAACUGCCCGGGUUGGGUAUGCCCGCGUCACCAGACUUGCGUAUCCACGGUUCCAAAAUCCUGCGACACCAAAGCUGGGAUUGACAACUGCCAAGCGAAACGCACCUGCCGUGGAUUGUUCAGCGCUAAUGACGCCACGUCUUCGUCGUCGCCGAAUCUCAUUUCUUCGACACCUGCGACAAUCGCCAAGGCUGUUAGCGGGCCGUCGAAUACAACUGAGUUACCAGCGCCCGAAACAACGAAAGCGACGAAAAGGAAUCGGACGAGACAAUACGGAGCUCGGAAAGGAUCGCCUCGAAACACGUGGAGAGACAGGGCUUUGAUAACCACGACCAUAAAUCCAUUUUCUUCGAAUAAUCUCAACGCAGUUGAGAAAGUUCGUUACAACGAUUCUAACUCGAAUUAUCACCGCCAAUCUCAGCGUCCCCUUUAUCCCGUAAAUCGGUUGACCUCGCCGGCUGACAACCCUGCCCUUGCAUCUGCCUGGAAUCAGACCGACUGCAGGCGAAAUAACAGCGUGCAAUUCGAAACAUGGAAAUCUCGUCGCGCUCCGAUUUAUCAGACACCGAUUUACGUCAGAUCGAUCGUGAGCGGUAACAGUCCCGGAGGAGGGAAAUUUUUCGUUCGCGAGGAGCCGAGCGGCCCCUCGGUGACGGAAUGGCUGGACCACCUUCGUUUGAAAACAGGAGUGGACGCCAUUGACGUUUGGGCGAAACGGGCAGAAGAGAACAGAGGGUAUAAGGAGUUUAACGAAUGGCUGGCGUCCGUGGAGAACGCUCUGGGUCCUGUACAAUUCGAAACUUGGUUCGCCGAGAUUCAAAAACUGGCAUCCGAGUAUCUAGCCUUCCAGAGAUGGCUCGCGAACCAGAGGAGGACGUCUUCUGGCUCCGGAAAUAAAACGAACGGCGGCGAGGCGCCCGGUAACCCGGAGCCUUCGACUCCGCAGGAUGAAAAUCUUGGGCAGAAAUCCAAGUCGGAAGGACCGAGUGAAAUUUCUGGCGCCGCGAACCAGACUUCGCUACGGAGCCAUGAAAUUCCUCCCACCCCCGGGACGGAGGCGGAGGAGGGACGGAUCGAAGAUCAACGGCAAAUAACGGAUCCGGAGAAACAUUUUGGGAAUCUUAACAAGUCCCAGCGAGUUCCUUACCCGCAACUACGACCGGGGAGCAGCGUUGAAAAUUCGACGGAGCCGGACGCUACUACAAACGCGUUGACUAUCCCUACGCCGGAAGUGACGACACUCCCGCAACGCGGUGACGAAGCGAAGGCGAACGAUAUUUCGCAGUCUGGACGCAGAACCGAUUUACGUCCGAAUAAUCGAGACACUUCGGAUCCUGCUCGUGAAAAAGACGAGACUCGUCCGGAGAACGAGUCGAUUGAUCGGACGGUACAGGGCGAAAAACCACAGCGAAAUUUUGGUUUUGAAAAUCCGGAAAAUGGGACGCUAACGGGAUCCGGGAAAAAUAAUUCCACGCGUUAUCGGCAGAAGAAUGUAGGGACGCAAACGACUGGGGACGAAUCAACCGACUCGUCGGUCGAACAACGCAAAAAUAUUCCAAAAGAAAAAAGUCCAAACGCCGAUACACCGGAUAAGAGAGAUAAAAAUGUUCUCAAAGAAUCGGUCGCACCCCACCGUCACGAUUCCGGAACGGAUGUAGAAAAAAAAGUCCCUUUGAAUCGAAACGCAACCACGGAGUCGAUACCAGGUGACGCGGAACAUGAAACCAGGCCUGAUUCGGUGAAAGUGAACGACGGCGACGAAUUUUCGUCGAUACAGACGACUUUUGCACCGGGCAACUUUGCCUCACCAUUUGGCGCAUUGUUCGAGAAGAACGGAGAUUCCGUAGCGAAGAGACCCUCCGAACCCUCGACGGAGCGGAGUCCGACUCGGCAAAAGGAUCGUGGGGGACCUGGGAAGGAUUCCGAAUCUCCCUCGCAACAGCCGAACCACAAAACAUCGAAGGCGUCGGAUCCGAACGGCCCCGAGACUCGAGAUAAGGAGUACGACGGAACGAAAGGGAAAGAGAAUCCGACGAAGACUUACAACUUGUUCGUCCCCGCCAGCGAAGACGAAUUUCGCGUCACGUCGCCCUGGGACAUUCUGGGAGUUCUUGACCCCGAAAAACGAACUUAUUACUCCCUACUCGGAUUUUCCCCGGAGCGAGUCGAUAACCGAGUGCAGAUAAUCCGCUACCCGUUCAUCCUCUCGAGACCCGCGGUUGCCGGCGUAUUCAACGCGUCCUCCCGUCAGGAUCCCCAAAAUUUUAACGCUCGACCCGACUACGGGGUCCGUGCUCCGCCGAAUUCUGAAUCGUUCUCGAAUCCGUGGAAAUUUAAUCCCUCCGAGCGUUGGGUUCCGAUCCUCCCGCGUCAGCAACCUCGUCCUCGCGAACUCGGACCGGAAGUUCCGGACCCAGGUAUCGUCCCGCCGGGAGGAGCUGCGAAUUUUAAACCGCCGUCGGAUCAACGAUCGCGAGAAAAUGCGGGCGAAUCGAGCGGAGCCGCAGGGGCGAAAGACGCCCCGAGAAUCGACGGGGAGCUUCCUCGGGUUCUUUUCAUCGACGCGCUGCUGGAUAAUUUCCAGAAGCAACUGGAAACGCGAGACCGUAAGGAUAAAGGAGCCCGGGAAUACUUCGUCCUGCAGACGCGCAACGGUCGGGAUGAACCAUAUUUCACACCUGAGGGCUAUCCGCGAUAUAAAUUUCAUCCAUCAAUCUUAGGAGCGGAAUAUCCCACUCCGAUCGUAAUACCUCUACAAAAUCCGUAUCCGAACAGGAUAGCGUCCCGACAGCCUCCGAGCGCCGAGCCCCACGCGUUUUUUAAUCCAUCUUCGAUAAAUGGGGCAGUUUUUUCCGCCGAAUUUCCGAGAAUCCCCGCCCUUGAAGGAGACUUUGGAAAAUCCGCGAACGAUCCGAGUCCACGGGACUACGUGGACGCUUACAUAGAUUUUUUCAUCGAAGACGCCUUGCCGAGAAUGAUUUUCGACGCUAAUUUGGACGAUGACGACUUUCGACAGGAUCGGGCUGAACCGGAAGGACUCGGUUCACCGUCAGCACUGGACUCGUCGGCUGAGAAUGAAGAACGAAUAUUUGGAAACCUCGAGGAGAGAAAUUUGAAAAGCAGCGCCAAUGGGAAAAAUUCCGGUUCAAAUUCUGAGGGUUUGAAAAAUGUCCAAUCCACAACUGUCGCGCGGACCGGGAAUUCGACCAUCGAAUCAGCCGAGGCGAAAGAAGAGGAGGGAAAUGCGGAUUGCAGAGGCGAAAAUGCGAAGGGAGCUUUGACUGCGAUGGAGAGCGAAGAUGAGGAAAGUUCGAUUUUGAUGGAGACCUACAGACCCUAUGCGGUGGACGACGAGCUCGUAGAGUAUUACUACGCGGACAGUGAUCAGCGACAGGAGGAGGAGCACGUCGAAGAAGAACCUCUGAAAUUUCGUUACAGCGAUAAUUUGUCGGAUCGGGAACUGAACGAGAGCAUCCACGAGUCGGAGUACUACAACGAUCGGACCUACUACGAGGAGGUCAUUCCGGACACGGCUGCGGAUCUUUUUCCCCAACCUUAACACCACGUAGUCUCAAUCGCAAAUAUAAGUCACUCGCUUCCCCACCUACAUUUCCGCGUCGAAUAAUUACCGUGAAAAAAUCCAAAGAAGCACCUAAAAAUAAAAACGUCGUAAUACGUAAUACCGUAUGCAAAUAAUUGCAGAGAGUUUCGUCGAUCGAUGUAAGAACAUGAAAUAAAUUUCACAGAUCCCCUGCACCGACGACUGACGUG